AUGUCAGAUGUUCCUUUCUACAAGCGCUUGUAUCAUCUCUUCAAGUCAGAUAAACCUCAGACUGAGCAAACCCCGCGAACCGAGCAGGCUAAGCAGAAGCCGAAAUCAAAAGUAGUCGAUUAUGGCUUGCUGAAUCUCGCAGAAGGAGACAAUCCUAUCGUUGACAUCAUCGCUAUUCAUGGUCUUGACGGCCACCGAUUAGAUGCAUGGACAGAGACUGAAAGCAAGGCUAUGUGGCUCCGGGAAUUUCUGCCCGAGGACAUUCCUCGUGCACGAAUCUUGACAUAUGGGUACGAUGCCGACACUCGCAGCUCGGAAUUCACGUCGACAAAUACCAUUCAACGCCAUGCUAUGGGAUUUAUGCAAGCUGUUGAACGAGCUCGAAAGGGCGUCGAGCGCCGACCCAUCAUCUUUCUCGCACACAGUCUCGGUAUCAUCCUCAAACAGGCCCUCGUCCUUUGCCAAAUCCAACCCGAAGGCCGUCCACUACGCGGAAUACUCACGUCGACACAUGCAGUCCUCUUCUUUGGGACGCCGCAUUCGGGCUCUGAGGGUGUCCCGUUCCUUCAGGUCCUCAAUCAACUCCUAUCGGUCUACAUGCAGACCAAUAAUCGAGUCCUUCAACAUCUCAGAGAGAACUCUGAGGCACUCGAGAACAUACAGGCAACGUUUACCCAGGCAAGCGCUGGGCUUCACAUUGUAUACUUUUAUGAAGAGUACGCCACACCACUCAUUGGAGGCCAACGUCGAGUAAUUGUGCCACAUCAUUCGGCAGUCGUCUCAGGAGAUCCUAAUGCAUUGGAAGUCUCCCUCGCUGCAGAUCACGUGAAGAUGGUCAAAUAUCCAUCGAAAGAUGCCGUAAAUUACCAAACGGUGCUAUACUAUCUUCGAGAAGAGGUCGAGAGUGCAAAUGCGGCCGUAGAGAAGAAGUGGCGGCGCGUCGACGCUCAGCGCAGUGCAGCCCCAUGA